AUGCUCAUGCAGGUAGUUUCCGCGAAUCGUGACACUAUUGACAUUCUCGCGACGGAAAUCUCCAGGCGACCCCCAACUCAACCACUUCCCGAUAAUGACCCCCUGGAAAAUUUGCAAUUUCCUAAACCACACCACCACCAUCUUCCAUUACCCCAUCUUCAUUCGCACUCAAUGUCAUCCUUCAACCCGUCGAUCUUUUUACCACACCGUCAUCAUCUGUUUCCAUUAUCAGACCCCUUUACACCCCGCCUGAGCACACCCCGAAACACGCACUCCCAUUUUCCAUUGCCUUGUGAAUUAUUGUUAAACCCUGAGCAUCAAUUAUCUCCGCUUCGAGCGAUGCUGCUGGCCUCAGCAUGUGCACGUCAGCAAGCCGGAAGAGGCGAUUUGAAAUUUAAUGAUAUUGUGGAGGCGUUAGAAGCGUUAACACGUCAGGCAAUGGAUUCGGUGACAGAUUCCAACGACGAUGAACAAUCUUCGACGACGAACAUUGAGAUCACAGUCACCACUGCCGUGUCAUCCGAAGGAGAGCCAGCAGAGCAAUCCGAGGUGAAUAGGGAAAUUUCGGAUUCGAAUGAGGCAUUGACAUUUCCUGCAAUUCAAAAUGCAUCGGACGAGAAAACCACCGAGGAUGGUAAUAUUCUUGAUAAUGAAAUAGACCGAAUAAAUACCGAUACCGAAGAAGAGAACGAGUCGUUCCCAGCAUCUCCCGAAGUACCGUCUUUGAUACCGAGCAAAUUCGUAGAACCCCCACUUACCAAAUUCGAUCCUUUCUCACGUGCAAAACCCUUACUACAGUUCGAGGACAUGUGUCCGGCUCAACCACCAAUUCUUCAAUACGAUCAAAAAUCAUUCUCUUUAAUCGAACUUCUUCUGCGUCCAAUAGCAAAUCAUUUGUUUGGGGCUUUGUUCACAGUGUCAGUUUCGUUGUUGGUGUUGAUAAUAGGAAUACAGUAUUGGGUGGGAUUAGUUAGAAAGAGGAAAGUUAGUUCCUCUUAUAAAUCGGGGUUUCACUCGCACAUUGCCAAGAAGUUCGACAAUCAUGACACCAAAAGGUUUCGCGAGUGUAAAAUUAUUGAUGAAAGAUGCGAAGAGGAGAGACUAUAUUGUAGAGACUUGGGAAAAGAUGUAUAG